CAGAGCUCACAAACCUCAUAGAUGAAACAGCAGACAUGAAAUUAUUUGUUGGUGUUUUCUUCCUGCUGGCCAGCUGUGAGCUGUCUGUAGGUAUAAUACUGGAAUAUAGUUACCAUGAAAUCAACCUCAACUGGUAUCAGGCUCAAAAUUAUUGCAGAGACAACUACACAGAUCUGGUUACUCUCAAUGCUGUUGAGAAAUACAAGGAUAUUAAAGAUGUUGAAAACCAACAAUAUUCAGGCUGGAUUGGGCUGUACAGACAGGAUGUAGCAAAAAACAUCUGGAAGUGGUCUGAUGGACAACCACUUUCUUGGUUAAACUGGCCGAGCAGUUGGCCAAUGGUUGGUUCUUCGGCAAUGGAUAAGAACUGCAGUGUUCUGUAUCAGGGAUACUUGUAUAACGAUCCCUGUGGAGUGAAUCAUCCAUUUUACUGUUACAGACAUUUGAGUUUGGUGAAUGAGGCUAAGACGUGGGAAGAGGCUCUUCAGCACUGCACCAUCAGCUACACCAGUUUAGCAUCUUUGCCCUUUGAAAAACAAGUGUUGGGGGCAAUGAAGGAGAUGAAGCUGGGCCAAACAGGCAGUGUGUGGACCGGCCUGCGCUUCAUGAAUGGAAAAUGGUUAUGGCUGAACGGAGAGGCUAUAGAGACACCAGCAAACACAGGGCAGCCUAAUACAGUGCUGCUUUCCUUGCCGGAAUGUCCACUUCAGUCUUACAAAUGUGGAGCGUUCAAUAUCGAGACCAACGUCUGGGAGAACCGAGACUGCAAUGAGAAACUCAAUUUCCUCUGUUGGAGCUGAGUCAGGAACAGUUUCAAGGAUUCAUGGAAAAUAAUAUUCUACAGGAAGGAUAUGAGAUAAAUGGCUGGUACAAAACACUACAUCCAGUAACUUGGCUUUUUGUUUUCACUUAAACUUUUUUUAUGCUUUGAAAUAAUUACCAAAACUAAAUGGGAAGAGAAAUUUUUAUAGUGGUGGGUUUGUUUGUUUAUUUAUUUAUUUAUUUAUUUAUUUAAAUAAUGGUUAGGGUUAGGGUUCAGGCAUGUGAAACUGUAUUUGAUUUACUUUUGGUGUCUUAGCAAUAUCCGUGAUUUAUUUAUCAUAGCGUUAUACUGCACUGUACUAAGUGAAUUCUUAGAAACUGUAUAAAAUUACUAACAAUUGAAGAAAACGUAUUAUCUUAGGGCUGUAACACUAAUAAUCCAUUGCUCAAGGUGAGGAUUUGUUUGCAUUAUCAAUUAUAGGUACGAUAUAAUAUUAUAAAUGUAAUAAUAAUAUAAACUCACAUUAUAGUAGAGUGGAGUAAAGAGUACUUUUUCAAUCCCCAAGGGGAAACUUUUAUAUAUCACAGAUUUACUCAUUGUCAUAAAUACUCUAUCCAGGUCAGGUCAGGAAACAGUGGACGUGAGGCAGGAAUACACCCUAGGAUGCCUGCAUAGUUAACAUCACCUACCACCUACUACAGUUUAAUCAGUGUAUCUUUUAGGCUGUUUGGCAAAAGUGUGAAAACAUGAAAACCCAAAGGAAAUUAAAUAGCACUCGUUUAUGUGAUGUUUCAAUAAAGCUCCUGAGAUGUCUUAA